AUGGCCGAGAAAUCCACACAUCGCAAAGACUUCCUGAGCUGCCAUGUGUGCUCAGAGACUUUCAGAGAUCCUGUGUCUCUGAGCUGCAGCCACAGCUUCUGUUCAAGCUGCCUGCAGAAAUUCUGGGAACAAGAUAAAAACAAACAAGUGGAGCAAACCUACAAUGAAGUGAUUGAACACUCCAAGAAGCAGCUGUUGUCCACAGAGAGGCAGAUCAGAGCAGAGUUCAACAAGCUCCACCAGUUCCUGAGAGAGGAAGAGGAGUCCAGACUGGCAGCUCUGAGGGAGGAAGAGGAGCAGAAGGGGAGGACUAUCAGCAGAGAGAUGAAGAUGAUUGAGGAGCAGAUCUCCUCUCUGUCAGACAGCAUCUCUGCUGUUGAAGAAGAGCUGCAGAAACACAGCGUGCCAUUCCUCAGCAGUUAUAAAGCCACUCAGAGCAGAGCCCAGAGCUCACUGUCAGAUCCACAGCUGCUCUCAGGAGCACUGAUAGAUGUGGCCAAACACCUGGGCAACCUGUCCUUCAGAGUGUGGGAGAAGAUCAAGGAGAAGCUCCACUUCAGUCCUGUCAUUCUGGACCCAAACACUGCAAACCCCUGUCUCUGUCUGUCUGAUGAUCUGACCAGUGUGAGACGUGGAGACACAAAGCAGCAGCUUCCUGACAAUCCAGAGAGAAACACUGAGUAUGUCAAUGUUUUAGGCUCUGAGGGCUUCAGCUCAGGGAAACACAGCUGGGAGGUGGAGGUGGGAGACCAUCCUGACUGGAGUGUGGGUUUAGUUAAAAAGUCAGCUGACAGGAAGGAAAAACGUUUGGCUUCACCAAAAUAUGGAUUCUGGUGUUUUAUAUAUCGCAGUGGAAAAUACACUAAUGGUAACAAUCAGACUGUGAGAGUGAAGAAGAGUCUCCAGAGGAUCAGAGUCCAGCUGGACUAUGACAGGGGGGAGGUGUCCUUCUACAACCCUGAAGACAUGACUCACAUCUGCACUCACAGACACACUUUCACUGAGAAACUCUUCCCAUAUUUCAGUGUUGGAAAAUCAGGAGACACCAAAACCUGUGAUAUCAAAAUCUGCCAA